UGGGUGACGUAUUAUGUUGUGUGAAAAAGCGUAAGAACGCUUUCAGCUUCAUUUUGUGCACGGAUGGCGAAUUAGAAUGAAUAUAUCUGUAGCAGAUUAACUUGAGAAGAGCUCACUGAUGAAACGGUGACGCUUACCGGUUGAAAAGGUGGACUGAACAUGAUGAACAUGACUUCGAGAAGCAAGAAGAGAGUCCUGCUACCCAGUAGACCGUCCCCGCCCACCGUGGACCACAUCCUGGAGGACAUCCGGGCAGCUGCUCCCAGCGACCCGGUCUUCAGCAUCCUGGAGCAGCCUAAUGCGUCUUCCAGUACUGACGGAGACGUGGAGCGGACCUUCCAGCAGUGUCGGCGCCAUGUGGUUGUCAACCAGCAGCUGCACGAUGCUCAGGUCCAAUUGAAGCGUCAGAGGGAUGAGCUCCGAGCGGCCGGGGAGCGUCUGGACCGGGAUGUGUCGGAGGUCAAAAGCGGACUUCUCUGACCUGGACUAUCUCCAGAGACAAAGACUGACCCAUGAAUCUAGCAGCCAGACCUUUGCUGUUAGACAUUUAAACCACACAAGGACUUCCACUGGGAAUGCACAAUCAGCGGUAAUGCAUUAUAAAAUGGGAGCCUUUAACCUUCUCUUUUUAGGACUCCUGGUAUUUCUUGAGUUUUCUCACACGUUUGUGUUUUGUUUUUUCUGUUGUCAAGUUUGACAGUCUUCUUAGGGAUGUCAAUAAAUGCCUCACAGCUUCUGUACAACAA